AUGCCCCCGCAAGUCAGUAGCACAGCCGAUAUUCGCACCAUCUCGAAUGUGUUCGCUCUGGCCUUCAGCAAGAGCGCGCUGACUGCAUAUGUGAUACGCAGCCCUGACUCGACAUGGCCCGUAUCGAGUAUCCCACUAGAUAUUCUAGGCCCGAAAAUGAUUGACUGGACCACCUACAAGCAACAGAGGGGCGCAGAAUUGAUCGAGGCUGACAAUUUUGCUGCCGCUGCGAUAUGGUUCCCGCCCGGUGUUGACCUCCCUGCUAGCCCAGAUGAUGAUCCUAGGGUGAUUGAGUACAGAGAGAUUUCCGGCAAAGUCAAGAAGCAGUUUCUGAAUGGUAGAAAGUACUGGUACUUGAACAUGAUUGGCAGGCAUCCAGACAGAAAGGAGCCAGGUGUCAUCCGUGCUUUAUUCGAGCCCUACUUUACUCGUGCCCAAGAACAAGGGGUGCCACUUUGGCUCGAGGCUAUAAGCGAGCACAGCAAGCAGGUUUAUGAGCAUCUUGGAUUCAAAACUGUUGCUACUAUGCGCAUGGGAGUUGGCAAGGCUUCUGCCGACGGCGAGUUACAGGAAGGGGGUGAGGGGGUACUGGUAUAUGCAAUGAUCAAGGAGUAA